UUUAAACAUUUUAAACAGAAUGUAACCGAAAGGUAUGAAAGAAUGUGAAUAUUUUUAUGUAUUUUAUUAAUUGUAGCCUAACUGCCUAACUGUCCAUCAUAGUUAUUACUAUUAUUAGCAUUUAGUAAUUUAAAAUGACUAUUACUAAAUGUGAAUCAGUUAAUUAAUUACCUAAUGGCUAAUACUUAUACACUAUUAAUUAUAUCAGUUUUAAAUUAACUAACUGCCUUAAUUAUUUGUAGUGUAAAAACUGAAAACGUAAUCGAAAAAUAUUAUGGAGGACAUCAAAAACAAUAUGGAAACAACAAUAAAUUCUAAGUAUGAUUAUAUAUUAAACAGUUCUAGAGUGUUAACGAUUCCAKUUAUAAGAUGUGAUGAUCAAGUAUUUAAUACAGUUAUUAAACAGGAAUUUAUUGAUAAAAAAGACAAUAGUAAUAAUCAUCUGGUACAACCACAAAUUGGGAAUGAUAAAGUAUUUAAUACAGUUAUAAAGCAAGAAUUCAUUGAUGAAAUAGAUCAUAGUAUGGAUAAUCAAUUAUUACAAAAUAUAGGAACUAAAAGUCAAGGUGAAGAAAUACUGAAGACACUUGAUACAGAAAUUAAAAUUGAAAACAAUAUUAUCAGGGACUGUGUAUUUAAGGGACCAAUUUCAAACAAAAACCACUCAUCGGAACUCAUUGCUCAUUUGAAUUUACACAAGAUAUCUAAUACAAAAAAUAAGCUUAAAAAUUGCAACAUCUGCAAUUUGUCAUUUGAUUCAAAUGCACUAUUAACAGGYCAUAUGAAGAUUCAUACCAGUAAAAUCAAAACAUCAUUUUUAUGUGACAUUUGUAAAACAUCAUAUUUUAUAGAAUCAGAUUUAAAAAAACACUUACUUCUUCAUACCGGAAAAAUCCCUUAUAGAUGUACUGUCUGUAACAAACCAUUUUAUGAUCAACUAAAUUUUGAUAUCCAUAUGAGAACACAUACUGAGAAAAAACUACAUAAAUGUGAUAUAUGUGACAAAACAUUGAAUUCUUUAGACAGUUUAAAAUGUCAUAUAAGGGUACAUACYGGAGACAAGCCAUUUAAAUGUGAUUACUGUGAUAAARCAUUUGCUCGUAAAUCAAAUUUAAAAAUACAUACUMAGACACAUACUUAUGAAAAACCAUAGAAGUKUGAUAUCUGUGGUCAAAUUUUUACUUAUGCRUCAUGUUUAAAAGAUCAUACAUGGAGGCAUACAAAUAAAAAAACGCUUAAAAUGCAAUAUCUGUUCUAUAGAAUUGACUACGAAAGGAAAUUUAAACACCCAUAUG